AUGCUGUCCCUAAUAGGCUGUGUUGCCGUUGCUUCUAUUAUAAUAGGCCCCCUCUAUAUCCUCUACAAGCCUCCCAAGUUCGUUAUCUCCUACGCUCAGCGUCAAUGGGAGGACGUAUUAUGGCACGUUCCGACUUCUAAAAAGAUAGUUGCUCUCACGAUUGAUGAUGGGCCGUCGAGAUAUACGCCAGAGAUAUUGGAAAUACUCAAAUCUAAUGACGCAACGGCGACUUUCUUCGUUAUCGGGUCCCAUGUUACUCCUGGCCGAGAGGAGGCCCUGCAUGACCUUAUCCGCAAUGGAAACGAGUUAGCUAACCAUGCUAUGCGUGAUGAGCCGUCAUGUCUACUGAGCGAGUCUGAUCUCGUCAAUAAUAUCAGCUGCGUUCAAAAAAUCAUAUCUGAUGCCGAGACUACUGUUGCGUCGGGCGACAUCAAUAACCCAGGCCCAAACGUUGAUAUUACCCCAAAGAAUCUUUACUUUCGUCCGGGCGGUGGUUUUUUUACCGCUAAGAUGCGUCGAGUCCUUUCAGGCUUGGGAUAUCGUCUUGUUCUCGGUGAUAUCUACCCCCAUGAUCCGUUCGUACCAUUCUGGCAAGUCAACCACUGGCAUAUUCUGAGCCCGGUGCGCCCUGGUGGAAUAAUAAUCUGCCAUGACGGUCGGCCUUGGACCCUUCCGUUGCUGCGGAAACUACUUCCAGAAUUGAAACGAAAAGGAUACCGAGUCGUUACCCUUACUGAACUAUUGAAGGAAGAAGAGCGUGGUUGA